AUGUCAAUUCCCAACCUGGGAAACAUACCGGACUCUCCAGGAACUCAAAGGAUUAUACGAACUUCUCCUUGGCCUGGAGGAAGGGGCGUAGAUGGCAGAACGCUCCGAUUCUUUGAGCUCUACUACGGCGGUUUCGAGGUAUUACGAGAUGAGGAGGACUUUUACCGUCUUGCUAUGAACUACUUUCAACGCACUGCGGCCAUGAACAUUCGCUACCGCGAGACAUUUUCCGACCCUCAACGUUAUACGCGUAGGGACGUUUUCUCUUGGAAAGUCGAGUCUCAAUGGAUCAUGUGCAUUCUGCGCGACAUGUCCCCAAAGUCCGCAAUAGAGCAUUACGUCGCUGCCCUCCCUUAUCGGAACACGAUUGUGAGAAUCAGGUUGGAGUCACUGGAAACAGAUCGUCCGCCACACUUAUUCGAAUACUUGUUCCGACGGGCUCCAGCAGACGGCUUUAAAAUCACCUGCCACUGCGACGUAGGCGACAAGGGCACUCCUCGCAAUAUCGGUCAGGUCGUUGAGAAACUCGGCGGUACAGGAGCGCAUCGGAUCGACUAUGGCCUACAUGCCGUUGAUGACUCUGUCCUCCUACAGAGGGUGAAAGAUAGGAACCUGGGAAUGACGAUCUGCCCGUGGGGAUACCUAUGUUACUCCGGUGAAAGCAACAUUAUGGACCGGAUCCGCGCCCUUUACGAUGCGGGGCCAAGAUUGUCACCGGAAAUGGCCUACCUGGAAGAUAUCUGGCUGAAUCACAGCCUCUAUCUGCUUCGUAUGCAAUGUUGGUUUACAGAUAAUGAUUUUAUCCAGCUGCAGCGGUCGAUAUCUGCUGGGCAUUUGUUGUUGUGA